AUGUUGGUUGGGAUAAAAUGCACAUCUCUCCGCACCCUCAGCAUCGCAAACCCAAGCAUUCCCACAAACAAUCACUGCUCUCUGCUAACAUUUCCCAUCGAGCAAUCGAAUACCGCUUCAAGCCUACUGCAAAGCAAGCCCUUCAAGAUGGCUUCAUUUUUCCCUCGCGCUGCGUUCGCAAUCCUCUUCAUUGUUGCCCUGGGAGCUCUGCUUCCCUCUUCCGCCCAUGCUGCGCGUGCUGGUCUUGGCGUGCGCUCCAAGCUCCUGGCAUCUCUCCAAGGGGGGCUCACCACGUGUGCUGCACUCAACGCCCACGUUGGUGCUGACAUUGUAGGAGCCAAUAUCGAUGGCACAGCUGACAUCAGCAUUCUCAGAAGGGGAGCAUCCGUGUAUCUAUCCUACAAGAUCACAGCUCAGGGCUUGACUCAACGCCCAUCCUCCUCGCCUGCCAUCGUCGCCCGUAACCCCUGCUCUCUCCCCUCCUCUCCCUCAACCUCCUCCACUUCCUCCUCCUCCUCGCCUGCUGUUGCCGCAUCUGCUUCCCUGUCUGGAGACGGCUCACUGCACGCCUUCAUCUCUCCCUCCACUGGAGCCACCACCUCCGCCUCUCUCACCGCCACUACAAACCUCCUCAACCCCUCCCUCUCUGCAUCCACCACUGCUGGGGGCGGCACCGCUCUUAACCCAGACGGAUCGCUCUCCACCGCAGGGGGUCUCUCAGCCUCCACCAACCUUCUCAACACGGGAGCCACAGCAGCUGGCAGCACUGACGCCUCCCUCGCAAAAGCCACUGCUUCCGGCUCAGGCUUUAUCGCCGCCUCUACUGCUCUCCUCAACACGACAGCCACUGCGAGCGGUGGUGCCCACGCGUCUCUCCCCAACGCCACUCUCACUGGCUCCGGCUCUCUCUCUGCAUCCACUGGUCUGCUCAACACAUCUGCUCGUGCCGGUGCCGGUGCCGCGGCCUCCCUUCCCAACGGCACUGUUUCAGGAUCCGGUUCUCUCGCUGCUUCCACCGGCCUCCUCAACACAUCAGCUGGGGUGGGAGCCUCAGCCGGGGUCUUCCUUCCCAACGGGACUGUCUCUGGGUCCGGCUCUCUGGCUGCUUCCUCUGGUCUGCUCAACACAUCUGCUGACGUUGGUGCUGGAGUCAACGCAGGCUCGGGCGGUGUCCAAGCCAACCUCGGAGGUUCGGCGAACCUUGACCUCAACCCCGCUGGCGUUGUCUCAGGGAUUGGGGGGGUUAUCUCUGAUGCAGGUGGAGCUGUGGGGAGCGUGGUUGGUUCGGCAGGGAAGGCUGCAGGCUCGGUGGUAGGCUCGGUGGGUAACGCUGCAGGCUCGGUGCUCGGCACUGUGGGCAAGGUGGCCAGUUCGGCAGGGAAAACGGCAGGGUCGGCGCUUGGCUCGGUGCCUUCAAUUCUGUCUCCCCUGGUGGUCCUUCCUGGUGCGUGGGUUAAGGCUGCACAGAACCUCGUUGCCUUCCUGCAGUAG